AUGGCACUUCGCAAACUGUUGGGAAGCAAACCCGAAACACCAUAUGCCAAACUCCCACCACUACAUGUUGUUGUGUUAAAACUAAAAGAUGCACCAAAAGUUGUGGCAUGGGAUUUUAAAGACACACAUGUCACCCCCACUUGCACGAAACAAAACAAAAUUGCCGUCCUUAGUGAUGGUGAUUCACUUACAAAAAUCACUUUGUAUGAAGCAAUGGCUUCAAAAGUGCAAGAAGGUCACAGCUACUUCAUGCGCGGCUGGACUGUUACAGGGAGCUCUGCUCCAUAUACUUUAGCUGUUGGCACAGCUACACAGUUCUUUAGAGGCUCUGAUAUAUACUGCUCUGAAGACUUACACAACAGAGCUGAAACCUUACUGGACCCGUCUACUCCUUUAGUUGACCUUCGCCACUGCCAACAACAGCAGGGUCUGAUGUCUGUUCAGGGAGAAGUUGCUGAGGUCAGUAGAAUGUUUUACAAUACAGUUUUUUUUUUUUUUCACAUUACAAACAUCACACAUUAUGACAAUAUUUUUACACUUCCCAAUUCUUAUUCUCUAAAUACAGAACUUUUCUUUUUUAGGUGUCAUCUAUUCGGAAAGUGCAGUCGGGAAGAGAUGCUGUACCUGUGAAGAGCAUUGUUCUGCAGCAGGUAAUCUCUGAUACAUUAUUUUUGUAACAUUUCCAAUCUCACAUGGUAUACAUCAGACAAUCACGUAUUACAUUCACAAAGACACACACUCUUAAUAUAACACAUACUCUUCAAAUAACUAUGUCUGUGCUUACUAAUGCUUUGGUCAUUUAUGACUACUGACAAAACAAUAAUUCAGUUCACACAAGGGUGUCUUUAACCUUUGUUUGUCACUGUACAAUAAUGACCAUGUCAAUUUCACUUAUGAUAAUUACUCCACAAUCUACAUUAUGUAAUGAUACAUAUUCACAGACAGUUCAUAUUACAAUUUCUACAUCCAUUCACAUAUAUUUCAUUUACUUUAACACCAUAUCUCUAAUCUGGGUCUUUUGCUUAUAUAACACAACUACCAAACUGCUUUUGCUGGUGUCACUUGUGCUUUUAUUACAAAUGAUAACAUAUGCUCUUACAUUUUACAGGACAACAUUAAGGUCACAUUGUCACUGUGGAGGGAGGCUGCAAUGCAACCUAUAAAUGUGGGAGAAGUGCUCGAAGUCAGCCAUGUCAAGGGACGCACAACUCAAUAUGGCAUUCAAAUGGGAACCACCAACUUCACCAGAAUUCAGGUACUUACUAGUUGCCUUGUAUUUCACUUCAAUCACCUCCAUGACAUUUAUAUCCUCACUAAUCAUCAUUGAGAUCCUCUAAACCAGUGGUUCCCAACCUUUUCUGUAUCACGGACCACUUUCAUGCAGUACACUUUUUCGAAGGAUCAGGUAGGUGUGUGGAGGUUCCAAUAACAAGAACCUUAAUCAGUACAUAGUAUGUACAUACUACAACAAUUGAAUACAACAAUCUGAAUACAACAAUUACAUUUUAUAUUACGCACUUUCAUUACACUUUAACAUCAACUCACCAUAAUGCAGAAUCAACCCUUUCUCUCUCCAGUGAACUCUGUUUCUGCCUCAUUUUUGCAAGGGCUACGUUGUGUUACUAAUGCAAAAAAAUUACAUUCCCAAGACUCAAGCCAAAAAAUUAGGUGAUCCGAACUGGUGCUCUUACAAAAUAAGAUACUAACAUUUACUAACAUACAGUAUUCUAACAUACUGAUUGAUUCACAUACUGGUACUGGUCUGGGGCCCAGUGGUUGGGCACCUCUGCUCUAAUCCAUUAUAUACCUUAUCAAACACAUUGAAAUUCUCAUUCAUAUACAACUAACAUAUACAACAUACACACAAUAAUCUCAUUUCAGCCAAGCUCAUGUCAAACUCUCAUAAUCCCACAAAAAAAACAACUUUGACACCUUAUUACUUCCAUAGUCCUAUUUAUUUGUACUUAAUUCUUUUACUUGUUUCAUGUUCUUAGCCAGUGUACUGUAUGUUAUUAUACUGUUUCUUUCUCCAAUUCAGUACAAGUACUAACAGUUCCUCAGGCCAAUGACACUUUACACUAAACUAUAUUGACACUUUCCAAAUGCCAAACACACAUAAACCUAAUCAUCAUACUCUUUCCCUAUGUUUUCUACACUUCUCCACAGAAACAGCAAACUCUACAACAAUUAACCAUCCUUGGUGUCCUCACAAAAGACGAUGUUCCAUCAUGCAGCACUACUCCUGCUGACACCAUCAUAGAGGUACUGCUGGUCACUGGAAGCACUCUCCAAAUCCCUGAAACUUUGUGGGACCCUGCCUUUGAUGACCUCAUCCUCCAAGCGCCACUUAAUGUUACCGCUAAGGUUGAAGGUAAACUCAUCACCUCUAUCAAACUAAUAUAAAUGUUUAUUCACAAACUGUACAAAGUUCUACAAUUCACACACAGACACACACACCACUAAUAUAACAACAAACACAAUCACUCCUUCCACAACAUACCCCACACUUAAUACAUAUUCUGUUAUAGCUUUUGAUUUUGUAAAUAGUUCUUCCACAAACACACAAAUACACACACACACAUUCUGUUUUGAAAAAUAGUUCCGUUUCUACUUGUUCCUUCUUUGACUAUAUUCCACAAUAAAGGAUUGUUCAACAAAUACGCUGUUCUCUGUACCUUGUUUUCUUUCUACUAAGCUUAACUAUCAUAUCACUAUUACUUUACAAAUGGUUCUAUUACAUUCUUACUUCUUAAUAACACACAACACUUUCUGCUGUGUAUAGGCUGUAUUGGGACAGAGGAAAAAGUGCUUAGAAAGUGAAUCUCCUUCCACUUCAGUGGGGCAACAUAAACUGUGAUUCAUAAAACAGCUCUAUUGAUAGUGAGUACUAAAAAAAUAUAUCUACUCAUGCCAUCCUGUCGAUUUUUAGUAAUCAGUGUUUCGGUGUUGAACUAUUUCCCUUCUGCGGCGUAGUGAUACUUGCACACGCGCAAUCGAAUAUGCAGGGGGUGAAGCCAUUUUUGUCAUGUGGACCGAUAGGAGCCGAGUCUCGUUGCCAUAGUAUCACAAAUACACAAACAUGGCGACGACCGCAUCUCACAGCGAGACAAGCGAAGAGGAAGAAAAGAAAAGGAACAAAAGAAAACAGCCUUCAAAAGUGCAUAAAAAGGAGCGAAACGAUGUUAUAUGCAUCUGUCAUCUGUCCAGAGUGAAGACGUUCUCGACUUUACAAGGUCAUGUUGGUAAACUUACAGAACUAGUAUUGGAAAGUGUCUUUCUCUACAGGGUGAGACAAAGGACCUUGCACAAACGUAUAAACUUUUAUGAAGUAUUUUAACGAAAUUCACUUUCUAGGCACUUUUUCCUUUGUCCCAAUACAGCUUAUGACCUCGACCGAAGUUUCUUUCGCGGAGUUUCAGAUGCCGUGGACGUGGAUGCAUGCUGCGUUAAGGGUUUGACUGACCCGUGGCUGCAUCACGUUCUUGUUUAUCAAACCCCUUUUGCAAAAAAAUCACUGGUAGCAUGUCAUGUGAAACCCAGCCUCAUCAGAACAUGGUCAAAGUCGAUAUCAACCCAAAGUUUAUACGUUUCUGCAAUGUCCUUUGUCUCACCCUGAAGAGAAAGCCACUUUCCAAUAAUAGUUCUGUAAGUUUCCCAACGUGUCCUUGUAAAGUCGAGAACGUCUUCACUCUGGACAGAUGACAGAUGCAGAUAGCAUCGUUUCGUUCCAUUUUUAUGCACUUCUGAAGGCUGUUUUCUUUUGUUCCUUUUCUAAUCUUCCUCUUCGCUUGUCUCGCUGCGAGAUGCGGUCGUCGCCAUGUUUGUGUAUUUCUGAUACUAUGGCAACGACACUCGGCUCCUAUUCCACGUGACAAAAAUCGCUUCACCCCCUGCAUAUUCGAUUGCGCGUGUGCAAGUAUCACUACGCCGCAGAAAGGAAAUAGUUCCACACCGAAACACUGAUUACUAAAAAUCGACAGGAUGGCAUGAGUAGAUAUCUUUUUUUAGUACUCACUAUCAAUAGAGCUGUUUUAUGAAUCACAGUUUAUGUUGCCCCACUGAAGUGGAAGGAGAUUCACUAUAUAUAUUGCACUUUUCAACACUUUUGAGCCUGAUCUGUCUCCAUACACUAGAUGGUGCUAUUCUCCAUUCUGAAGUUACUAUGGUUGGAUGCUGCAGACUGCACACAUGUGUUUUGUCAUUUCUACAUUUAAUUGAAACAUUGUUUCACAUUAAUUAAGGCAUUUCUUUUUCAAAAUCACUUAUACUGAUUAUAAUUUCUGUGAACUCACAAAAGUCAUGUAAUUAGUUUUUACUUUGUCUAUCAUACAAUUUGUACAUUCAUUCAACUUUUUUACCUUGAGCUACAGUACAAUUUUUACAUUAAUACUGUUUCUUCUUCUUCUACUGCACCUUUUCAACAGUUUUUCCAUUCAUAACUUCCUCUAUUUUUUAUUGGCAGUUUACCAUUGCUUUUUCAGCUUUCAGCACUCAGCAUUUCCACGCAUUUUCUGCAAGGAAAUGCAAUUUUUCUAGUUAUUAUUAUUAUUUUUAUUAUUAUUCUUCCGUACCUUUUUUGGCCCUUUUCAACUCCUUACCACUUUGUGCUAUUUCAACCAUUCAAACUUUAUACUAAUGCACUCCUUCAGGACAUUAUUGCUAGUACUUUUCACCUUUCUACCAUUUAUACUUUUUGCAAUAUUUCACUUUUUCUGCAAAAUUUGUUCCAUUAGAAAUGAAUGGAGAUACAGCUAUAACACCUUCUCACCCUUAUAACUUCUGCAUACUUUCACCUACAGACCUCAUUUUUGCUUUAAAAUGUUCAGCAACGUGUCUGCUACAAAUGUUGUAUUCACUCCCUUUUGCUAUUUCCUACCGUUUUUGCACAAUUUCGCUUGGAGCAACAUGAAGUUUUCUGCCUUUUUCAGCCUGACUCACGCUACAGCGUGUGACGUCAUCACUAGAUGCGUGCGGAGCCUUUUGGAUUCACUAGACCAAGCGUGUUUAUUUUGCUGCCGCGGCCGCAAUUCUCACUCCACAGCCAUAAAAAACACAUCAAAAUGGAGGUACACUCGUCCUGCUUCUCACAAAAUAGGUCUGAAGUCAUGAAAUUGUACAGUUUGCCCAGAAGGUGAGUAAAUUCCUUAGGAGCCAGAGAUUCUGCACUUGUCAUGGGCUGUGUGCUUCGAUCACACACGCACGCGCGCGGCCGACCCCGCGCGGGCACACACACACACACACACACACACACACACACACACACACACACACACACACACACACACACACACUGUUUCCAUGUGUGCAUUACUGUCUCUCUGUCAGUAGAAAAUACACCCCCAAUAUUAACUUUGUUGUUACAGCCUUUGUCUUUACAUCUUUUAACAUACUAACUUCUUCUUUUUCUUCUACUUCUGCUUUUCUUCUCAGUACUUUCUACAUUUAUACAGAUAAUUUAACUUCAGCUGUUUCAUACUUUCUACAUUCAGAUGUAGGGCAGUAACUGAAGCAAGGCAAUAGAUGGCGCUGUUCUGCAUUCUCAAGUUACUAUGGUUUGAUGCUGCAGACUGCAAAAAUCUGUUUUACUAUUUGUACAUUUAAUAGGAACAUUGUUACACAUUAUUUUAAGACAUUUGUUUUUCAAAUUCAAUUAUCCUUAUUAUCAGUUCUGUUUAUUCACAUCAAUCAUAUACGUUUUUCACUUAGGCUAUCAGACAAUUUGUACAUUAAUCCAACUAAUUAACCUUCAGCUAUACUACAAUGCUUCCAUUCAUACAAUUUCUUCUUCUACUCCACCUUUUCAACAGUUUUUCCGUUCAUACCUCCCUCCAUUUCUUAAUGGCAGUUUUGCAUUGCUUUUUCAGCUUUCAGCAUUCAGCAUUUCCACGCAUUUUCUGCAAGGAAAUGCAAUUUUCUAGUUGUUUUUAAUAUCCUGCUUGAAUGUACAGCACUUUGCGCUACAUUACAUGCAUGAAAAGCACUUAAAAAAUAAAGUUUGAUUGAUUGACUGAUUGAUUGAUUGAAGAUUGGCUAACAUUAUUCACAUUUGCUGGACUAGUUCCACCUCUCUCAAGGCCUUUUUCAAUCUCUCAAACAUGUCUGUUUCCACGUACUUCAUACAUGAGCAUCACAAUUCUUGCUCAUCAAUUUGUGCAACAUGCUAUUUAAGGGUACAUGCAAACUUUUCACACCUCCCGGAGGAAGUUGUUGCACAAAGAGUUACUGUGCGAAAUAGCAGCCAGACAGACUGUAGAGCUGUUUCCUUUUUUGCUUUAUCCCUCAGUGACCUAAAGACAUAAACUAAAAGGUUACAAACGGGAGCAGGUGAUGGUCCAGAUGUUGGCUGUAUCCACAUAAAAACAUGCGUAAGAUCAACAGGCGAGAGAUUCUCCCCUGACCCCUUACAACAAAGUGGACUGGUAGAAGUCAUGAGUCAUAUGGACAUUGAGUCUUGUGUUACAGACGUAGAUGCAUGUUGUAGAGCUCUUUGCUGAAAAACAGCUUUGAGGAAAUUCAAGGGUAGUGAGAUGUGAACCUUUGAAUAAAUCAUAAAUCUGACUUUGGAGCAGUCUGAGGAGCAGACAGGCCUAAUGAAGCUUGACUGGGAGUGUCCAUUCUGCUGCUGCCCCGGGGAUAACCCUACCCGUGUCUCCUGACUGGAAUUGCGACCGAGGGCAGAGUCAUCGCUCAGCCGGAGAAUUACUGGUGAGAGCUGACUCAGCACUUGUCAUAUCAGAUAUUUCAUGACUGUUAAUGCCUCAUUAUUCAUCUCAUCAGCCCUGAGGGGGCGCAGGGUUUAAUCUUUGCCGUAAUGAUGUUUAUCAGCUCUGAAGUUUGUCCCAACAAAUCCAGAGUGUUUCACAUAUUUACACGAUGACUGAAAAUUCAUGACAGCACAACUACACUUGCAUCCCCUGCAUCCCAGCCACUCAUUAGCUUCUUAAAGUGGAAGAAAAUGAUCUUACAUGAAAAAGAAACACGAGUUUUUGAUCAUGAUAACCUGUCAAAUGGAGCAGCAAACUUUUAUUCUGUUUUUAUGUGUCUCACAUACAGAGGUGUACUUGCAGAGGUGUAUAUAAACUGUACAGUAAACUGUCAAGGUAGAGAACAUUAUAUUUUCAGGGCAGCAAAUAUUUCGAAUCAGAGGGCUAUUGUUUUUGGUUUAUCUGAAUAGUCCGAAUGAAAUCAUUAAAGGCACACACUUUUGAAUCCAUCCAAUAGUAAGGAAAACUGGGAUUAUUUCGCCUCGUUAUGUACUUUCAACCGCGCUCCCGUCAGGGGGUGCAUUGUACGGCACAACACCAGUGUAUCAGUGUAACACACAGGUGUCAAACUUAAGGCCCGGGGGCCAAAUCUGGCCCAUGGAACAAUUAUAUCUGGCCCACAAGAUCACAUCAUAUUUGUAUUAUUAUUGGCCCACCAGUAUGAAGUCUGCAGAUUUCCUCCAGGGUAAUAAUGUAAUUUUUAGCACCAUUAUUUAAAAAUGUCCUUAAGAAACCACAAAAAUCUGUGAAAUUAAAGAGUAAGGAAGAUUUGAUAAAAAGUCAAGAAUGUGGGGUAAAAAUAUUUGGUGUUUUAUUUCAUGUUUGUAAUUUUGCAUUUCAAGAUUACAAGUCAAACAUGAUUGGAUUUUUAUUUCAUGCUUUGAUUUUGUUCAAUCAGUAGUUAGACUUGUGUCAUUUUUAUACUUUAGAUACGCAUUAGUUUUCUAUUUUUAAUAUCAUGUUAAUAAAAACAGAAUAAAAAAAUAAAAUAAAUUUGUCUAUCUCAGAUUGUCUUUAAACUUAUCUUUUUUGAAUUUCCAAAUGAUUUAUAAUCAUUGCUGUUUUUGAUGCACAGUUUUAGAAAAGAAGGUUGACAGUUUUGGUGAAAUGUUGACCCUGUUUGGCCCUCAGGUUCGAUUUAAAUCUCGAUUAUGGCCCUUGCUGUGGUUGAGUCUGUCACCCCUGGGCUAACGUUUAGCGCCACCCCGUGGCUGUUUAAAUAAAAACACCGUGUACUUAUUUGACCUAAAUUACGUAUUUUCCCAAAAACUUGUGUGUCAGCACCUGUGAGGAGCAAACAUCUUUUCUCACAAGCUGCAACAGCUCUGCCAUUGAAGUAAUGUGGGCCUGAAAGAACUUUACCAUUUAUUGAAAUUUGACAAGAGGGAUCAGGCAAUGACCCCAUGAUGGGGAACACAUUUUAGGGGAUUCGGGGUGGCACGUCCUGUGCACCGUUUCAUCCAUAAUAAAGCUUUCUGUCGGAUUUCUGUCCUAAAAGAAAAAGCUAAUGGGGACUUUUCAGGCAGCGUUACUGUCCUCUUCCUCAAAUGUAGGCGACAAUUGUCAUGAUAUUUGCCUUUUUAUUUGCACUGUGACUGUAAUCUAUUAUAAGACAUGCCUAAUAGUAUCAUUAUAAAGUAGUGUAGACUGAUCCGGCACGUUUACCGUGUGUUAUUUUCAAUAAUUAUCGGAGAUUUGAUUGACGUUACAGCUUCAGUUUUUGGCUCCCCGCCAACAAUCGGCCGCUUGCUUUCCUACGACCUGAGGAUCCUUCAAAAUAAAAGCACACUCCUCUUAAUACGCAUUCCACCGCCGGUGCGUGUCUACUGAGGCGGGGAGUCGGACUCUUAUUGUGAAGGCGAGAGGAGGCCGGUACAAUGCUUAGUCACGGUGAGUUACAGCUUUCCCUCCUCCUUCCUAUGUGGCGCACAGCUCUGCUCACCGAGAUGGAGGAAUUGAACUAGACUACGUGAGUUUGUUUUAUUGCAGAUUUAGGUUUUUAUGUGUGAUUAAUUUGAAUUUAACUGUGGGUGGAUGAGAGCGAUAAGUAGGCUCCCCGUAUGACGAUGUUUGUAGAGCUCUUUGUUUGCGUUUUCGUGCUCGGUUCAGAUCACAGCCGUUACGCUACUGUCUAUUAUUAGGAGCCUAUUUUGCUGUCAGCUGUUUCCGAAUCGUUUCCCUCGUAAUUGUUGUUGUUUCCGGAUAUUUACCAUGAGUAAAACAACUUUGUUUUCGCCUCAUGUCAAACAUAGGAUAGAAUCUGCUUCAACAAAGGUCCCCGUUUAUCCAGUGCAUGCCAGCGCUGUGGAUUUAUGUUUGUCAAAAACAAGCGCAGAAAUGAUGAACAUUAGAGAUUGAAGCUGGAGGGGAGAGACGGUGCUCAAUGUGUAAAAAACUGCAAAUGUUGAGGAGAUGGCGCGGAAAUCUAACUCCAUCUGGGUUUAUGUAAGGACUGGCUUCACUUCUGGGUCAUGUUUUGGUACAGGCAGUUCCACUGUUUGCUCGGUGAAGAGUUCAGGAUGAGUCACUGAGGAGAGAUCUCUGCCAAAAAUGCCCAUGGAGCAAGUUCAACUCUUUUAUUUGUUUAUGACUCCCAUUUAAUUGUUUAUGUUUGUGUGAUUCCAGUUGUUGUGCAAGUCCUGCUUAAUGUGGGCCGACUCUUGCAGGCCUGGACUAAAGUGUCAAACUGGGGUCCAGCAGCGUCUGUGAAGGAGUGGGUAGUCCUUGUUUGUUUGUCCUAACAGAAAACUAUGGGAGUGGAUGCAGAUUUGCUUCUUAUAUGACCACGACAUGUACAUUUGAUAGCUGUGCUCAGGAUUAUGUGUAUUUUCUGCAGAUUAUUAAAGGAGUAAAUAGGGCUGGGUGAUAUGGGAAAAAGUUUAUCACGAUAUGUUUUUUUCAUAUCAGUCGAUAACAAUAUUUAUCACGAUAUAAAAAAAAUCACUUGUCGAUCCUAAAUGUAUUACGGUUGAAUUUUCUAGUGUUUCACAUACUGUGACUCCACUUCUGACUAAUCAGAUUUUGUGUCCUUGCGACAUCUGAUUCACCGGUAUAUCCAACAUGGCUGACCAGCUGAUUGUUUAUGUGUCAGAGAACAGAGUACUUUUUGAUAAAAACACAAAUAUUACAAAGAUAACGACCUGAAGGACAACUUGUGGAGAGUUUCUUAGCGUCGGAUUUCUCAUAUGACGAUGGCUUGUGUGCUUUAACAGUUUUCUAAACAUCUUUGUUGUAACUUUCAUCUGUGCUAAGUAACUUUAGCUCGUAAGCUAACCUGUUCAGAUACAACAUACCAUAUGUAUUAUCACUGUCUCAAACUCAAUCGCGUUGCUGUCACAGCACCAUUAGGUCUCUGUUGUUGCCUUACAUUUAUGCAUUAUAGUUUAAUGUUCUUAUUUAGUACUGGCCUCGACUCAGUACAUGCUAUCAUGACAGACAGCCAUCUCAACACUAGUGUCUAAUCAGAACUGAAAAACAGUCAGUCUGCUGUUGUGUCAGUCUUCUCACUUCCACUCAGGACACGUCUUUUUCCCCCCCAGAAAGUCGCAAAAUCGCAUCGCACUUGAUAUGUGUAUAGUCAGGUGCGUCAAAAUUCUCCUCCGAAUAUUUCGUAAUUUCGCGUCUUAUAUUUGCGUCAUUCCCGGUGUGUAAGGACCUUUACUCUGUAGUAUUAUUAUAAUGUAAACUGCAGUUUUAGACUGUUUAUUUACCCCUUUAAGUUUAGCACAGAGGUAACUGUUAAGGGAAUUACUGUUAGUUGCAGAAGUGGUUGUUUAGUUGACCUAUUUUAAAGGUACAUGGCGUAGUAUUUAGCAUCAUUUAGCACAACAUACUUGAUAGAAAUGGAAUUGCAUAUUUGUAAUCUGGUUAUAAACAAUGUAUUUUUUAUGAUAAAUCUUUCACAUUUACAUAGGAGGCUACCAUUUUGCACCACCAUAUUUCUACCGUAGCGCAGAGUAGACAGGCUGGUAACAUUAGUUUUUUGGGGGAUUGAAAGAUGAAGAACAAGGAAGUGGUUGUUGUCUGCAAAACAAUCUGUACUGAUAGAUGCUCUGGAUGAUCAAACUUUGAUAAAUGGAGGAUCAUACUCAUGCAUCACAGGAGCUUCCUGCACUUGAAGGCUAUUUCACUGACAGUGUUUCAGUCUAUAAACGGACAACUAGAUGCCUCUGAAUACUCUACAUCUCAACAGACUACACCUUUAAGAAUGAACUCAUUCAAGAAGCCUGCCAUGGAGCCAUAGGAAAGAUCAAUUUGCCAUAUGAUAGUGUCCAAGCUAAGCUUUCACAAGUUUCAUUAUCCUAUAUACACAUGAAGGCAGCUCGCCAUAAGCUGUCCUUCAAGGCUCUACCACUUGUAAAUAAUAACUGUAGAUUUAAAGGGGACAGUAUUGUACAAUGACAAUGUUGCACACAUUACUAACAGGUCAUGUGUGCAAUGUACCAAAUGCCAGAAAGAUAUCGCAACUAUUUGAUGAAACAAAAAGGCAGGCAAGGGAAAAUCCCCGUAGCACGUCAUGUCUCUGUUGUGAUUUAAGACCAUGUUCAUUCCAUACUGCUGAAUGCAGAUUGUUCUCAAACUGGUUGGAAAGUAGAUAAGAAACAUUUUAGAUAUCUUUGAAACAGAUGAGCUUUCUAUCAGCCAUUUUUUUCUUUUUCUUCUUAAAAAUGUUUAUCAUGUAGGUGCUUUUGAAAUCAGCCAACCAGCUUUGCAUUCAAAAGAGGAACACCUGCCAACGUUUCUGAAGUGAAUCAGCUUUUUCUAUCAUACCUGAAGUGUUGCUGUGUAUAGAGGCUAUUAAAUGCAUGAAUGACCAGUAGUUACAGAGCAGAGCCAGGGAGCCUGUUUUUCAGCGAGUUUCUCUGUCUCUCAGAGCAAACGGGUUGAGCAAUAUGUUCUCCUGUGAAACUAUUUUACCCAGAAACCUGGAGGGAGAAAAGCGCAGCAGCAAGCAAACAGAAACGGCUGUGUGUUUCAUAUUACAGCGGGAUUAACCGCUGGCUCACAGCCGUUAUGACAAGUUCACCGUAACCAUCUGUUGAUAAAAUGAUAAUUCCCAGACAUACUACAAACUUGUUUUAUUUUCACUGAUUGAAAAUGAGGACAGUACUCUUAGAAUUUGGAACAGCAAGGUUGUAAAACCCGGCCUGGUCUCUGCGUCCUCUUAUCCCCAUAUCAGGUAAUGAUUUAUAUGUGGACACAGCCUAUGGGUACUACGUUAUAUAACAGUGAAAAUUGUUGCUGAGUAACUCUGCCUCAUCAGAGAACACCAGAGAGACAGAGAACUUUGUACUGUAAUUUAUGCAGAAAGCUUAGCAAAUUAAGACUUAACAUGACGGACAGAGAGGCAUUAUUUUUAUAGCAUCCCUGUCUCAUGUAAAAGUUUGGAAUAGAGUAGGUGGUCAAGUAUUACCUGGAUGUCUGCUGUUCAUAACUGCAUGAAGACUUGCUGUGAUUCUUUCUUUUUAUUGGCUGCUGCACAAACCGCUCCCCCUACUCUGACCCCUCAGCUGCACUGGUCACAGGAAAGAGUAAAAACACUCAGUCAUGCUGGCAAGCCAAAUUCAAGCCUGAUUUAAGUCAAUCCAUUGUCCUUUGAGAGAGUCCUCACUUCCUCUUCCUUGAUACAGCAGUAUAUCGUCGUCCUCGCCUGCGCCUGACAGUUUUUUAGUGUUUGGACCAAAAAUUAUAUUUAAACUGAAAAUGAUACGACAGCAUUUUUACACAAUAUUGUCUCUACUUCAGGAUCCUUUCUGGUGGCACCACUGACAUCAAUCCUGCACUUUGCUCUGAGGGUCAUUUUGUAUAACACAUAAUUGUCUUGAAGUUAAACAGUUUUUGCAGAAUGUAUUACAGUACCAUGAUGUAUUAUAUAGUACCUGCUUCUUGUUUUUACAUUUCUGCUAAUUUCAGAGGACUUCUUAAUGUCUGUGUUUUUCAUGUUUACUGUAUUUUCACGUCAGGGAGGAAACUAAAAGUAGCUCGCCUCACUCAUCAUAAAAUAUAGAAAGCCUUGACCCAAUGACCCACACCCCGCAGAGUCCAUCCUGGGUGUGAAAUUCACGAUGACAGAGAGAGGACAUAGUGUAUUCUUGUGUAGAUAAGCUUUUGUUGUGUAAGUUUAAAGAUAAGGACCAGUAAGGAAGCUUUGGUCAGUGUCAGCAGGAUUAAUCAACUGUAUGUCAGCCACUACAAACUUAAACAAACUACAUUUACACACUCAGUCUCUCUUUCUCUUCCUCUCUCUUUCCUUCAGUGGUCAGCUGAGUACGGAGCCUCCUGGUAA